CAACUAAUCCUAAUAAUUUCUCAUCUAAUAGAUAUUUAUUCACCUUGUGGAGAAUCCGGUACAUGAAUAAUUCAAUUUUUGUAAAAAACGUUGUCUUCAUUCAAUUUUCGCCAAGCUAGGGAGAAAGGGGACAGCUGCCCGCCUGGAUACGCCCUUGGUUCUGAGUACUGUUGGUUACGCAGUAUCGCAGUAUCGUCGACGAAAUGCUCCUUACCGAGCAACAAGGUUAUAUUUAGUUUUAUGUGAGCCGCAGUCCUGUGAUUAAAAACUUGUUGCUUGACCGUGUAGCCUACUGACAUAUGGUGUACGAUUUCCCUUGACUGCAUGCUUGAUGGCACGACUACUCCCGUUUGAGCAUAAAGACACCACUUACCUAUUAGCACCUUUGUCGAAGCCAAACUUGUCCGUAAUCUGAAUGGACUGUACCAGGAGCAUAUCAUCGUGCGCAGCUGAGGAGGAGACACUCCUCCUGCGCCUACGCUUCCCGUAGGACACUGCAGACCUCCGCUCUCCAGAAAUGUCCUCCUGAUCGCACUGCACUGGCUCACAGCUGGGCAUGCAUGGGGUGACUAGGGCACGGAAUUGAACCACUUCGCUGGAUGGGAACUUGAAGGCGUCGAAGUGAGACAACAAGAUCUGGAAAGGUGUGUGUAAAAGUUCAUUUGUACUGAAUCACAUGUUCAUCUUGGGACAAUACAAAUAUCUUAAGCUAAAUUUCUUCUUCUUCUCUUCGUCAUCGUCUGUCAGAGCGGUCCGUAGGACCUUUGCUCCUGGGUAAAGUAUCGUAAGCUAUUAGGUCUGACAAGUCUGAUUGCCC